ACUGACGUCAUUUCGCCGUUUCACACACGUCCGGAUCAAUGAGAGAGCGCGCGCGCGCGCGCGUCGCUCUUCCAGGAAGAGCUUUUUUACAGUAUUAACGUGCGCGCCGCCGACAUGCCAGGGAAAACACACGCGCCGAGACUAAAGAACUUUCUUUUCCACGCCAUGGCGCGACGCCACACAUGAGGAAGGAGGCGACGACGCGACACACAAAGGACACUUGAAGUUGAUCAUGUCGGAAUCUUCCACGGCGGCGACAAAGCAGGAGAGGCGCUCUUUCAGUCCUUCCGCCAACCCGCUGCCAAACUCCACUUCCUCCCCCGUCCAUGCUCCCGCCGCCAGGCCAGCCAGCCGAAUGGAGGACAAGCCGGCCAGGCUGCCCGCACACCUGCGUCUGCAGCCGGUCUUCUGGAGUCGUGAGGACGUGUCUCAGUGGCAGCGGUGGGCAGAGAAGGAGUUUGCCCUGCGACCCGUCACCAGCGGCUCCUUCCAGAUGAACGGCAAAGCUCUGUUGCUGCUCACCAAGGAGGACUUCCGCUACCGCUCCCCCCACUCCGGCGACGUGUUGUACGAGCUGCUGCAGCACAUCCUGAAGCAGAGGAAGCCCCACGUCUUCUACCCUUCCGGCUAUUUCCCCGGAAACCCCUUCCACCAGCUGCCCGAGAGCACCGCGCAGCACCUGAAGCUCGAAGAGACGGUACGACGGGCGCCAUGUGCGACAGAGCCACUCCCGCAGCAUCCGCCGACCAUCGAGUUGCGACACCGCUCCCGCUCGCCGCACCACCCGGCGCCGCGGCAGUCCCCCCCGGAGCAGAGUCACCCUCGGGCCUCCGCCGAGGACCACCUGCAGUCCUUCUCGCAGCUGCCGGACAGUAACCACCACCUGCCCGAGGACGCCUACCCUCUGUCGCUCUCCCCGGCCGCCCCCAGAGAGGCCACCUUCCCCGGCAGCCCGGGGAGCCAGGAGGAGGGCCCUCCUCGCGUCAUCCAGCUCAUGCCCAGCGCCAUCAUGAACCCGCUGUUCCCGGGCCCCGGCCGGAGCGGCGGCGUCGUGGACUUUAGGCACAGCCGCGGCGGACCCCAGGCGGCGCUUGAGAACGGGCGCGAGGGGAAGGUGCACGGCCACCAGAUGACGACGGCCCAGCAGCCGCAUCAUCUCUUGCAUCAUCACCACCACCACCAGCAGGAGGAGGCGCUCUACAGGAACAUCAUCAUGCCCGUGUCGCCCCCGGAGGAGCCGCAGAUGCCACUGGGGCGCAUCGCAGACUGCAGACUACUGUGGGACUACGUCUACCAGCUCCUGUCAGACAGCCACUAUGAGAACUACAUCCGCUGGGAAGACCCCGAGAGCAAAGUCUUUCGCAUCAUGGACCCCAACGGCCUGGCCAGGCUGUGGGGGAACCACAAGAACAGGACCAACAUGACCUACGAGAAGAUGUCCCGAGCACUGAGACACUACUACAAACUCAACAUCAUCAGGAAAGAACCG